CUUAAAUCUUUCCCUCGAACACUCACAUUUCUCACACAAGAAACAUCUGACGAAGGCGAAUCUCUUUACAAAAUCAUGGAACUACCUGCUGAUAUGAAGAAUCGUCUUCGGGCAUCAUACAACGCGAUUGCACCAGCAUACAACACCUGGACUGCGCGUCACAACGAACUUCGUCUGACUUAUCUUGACAAACUUCUCAAUUCCUGCCCACAAUUGGCAUCGACUGGCGAUACGACCACGAAGCAAGUACUUGAGCUGGGGUGUGGGUCUGGAAGUCCCUUCAUUUCAACUUUGCUCGCUCGAUCACCGUCAGUUCAUGUAUACGCCAACGAUCUCUCCGAUGUUCAGCUUGAUCUCGCUCGGCACAACCUGGCUAAUUACAAAGAUCGUGUUGAAUUCCAUCCCGGGGACAUGAUGAAACUCGACUUUGCACCUGGUUCCCUUACUGCUGUCGUGGCUCUGUACAGCAUCAUUCAUUUGCCUCAGGAGGAACAGAAAGAGAUGAUGCGGCGAAUUGGUCACUGGCUUGCGCCGGGCGGUGUCUUUCUCUCAACUUUUGGUACAGAAGAAGCACCCUCAAUUGUUGACGAGAAGUGGAUAGAGGAAAAAGGCUGGAUGUUUUGGAGCGGCCUUGGGAAAGAGGCGGUGUUAAAAGCGUUAACUCAUGAUGCUGGAUUGGACGUUCAACAUGCGGUUUUGGAAGAAGUUGAAGAUGAUAGCUUUUUAUGGAUUAUUUCGAAGAAGGUUAAGGCAUCACAUUGUAUUGAAGAGACUAAGCCUGUGUAGGAUUCAAGAAGACGAGCUUGCUGAAUCUCUCUGGCCUACAGUCAUGUCCCUGCAUAUCAAUCUUCAACCUGAG